UUGAAACACAAACCAAACACCCCCAUAGGAUCACAUUUCUGAGCCCUUUUUUGGUUCCCAACCUUCACUACUCUUCUGCUUCGAAGAAGCCCAGCUCUGAUGAGACCCUUUUACGAGUGAUUCUGUCAGAGAUCCAGUGCUUGCAGGAGACUGAUGAUCAUGAUCGUGAAAAGCAAGGGGCAUAUCACAAUGAAGGCACUUAUUCUCGUUGGAGGGUUCAGAACAAGGUUGAGGCCAUUGACACUUUGUUACCCUAAGCCGCUUGUUGAUUUCGCUAACAAACCUAUGAUCCUUCAUCAGGUAUUAGCCCUUAAGGCUAUUGGAGUCAGUGAAGUGGUUUUGGCCAUCAAUUACCAACCAGAGGUAAUGUUGAACUUCUUGAAGGAUUUUGAAAAAAAGCUUGCGAUCAAGAUCACAUGCUCACAAGAGAUUGAGCCACUUGGCACUGCUGGUCCUCUUGCUCUUGCUAGGGACAAACUACUAGCUGAUUCUGGUGAGCCAUUUUUUGUUCUCAACAGUGAUGUUAUUAGUGAAUAUCCUCUUAAGGAAAUGAUUGCAUUCCACAAGUCCCAUGGAGGAGAAGCUUCAAUAAUGGUGACCAAGGUGGACGAGCCAUCAAAAUAUGGUGUGGUGGUUAUGGAGCAAUCUACUGGAAAAGUUGAGAAAUUUGUAGAGAAGCCAAAAUUAUUUGUUGGUAACAAAAUAAAUGCUGGAAUUUACUUGUUGAACCCCUCAGUUCUUGAUCGAAUUGAACUGAGGCCCACCUCAAUUGAGAAAGAGGUCUUCCCAAAAAUUGCAGCAGAGAACAAGCUCUAUGCUAUGGUGCUACCAGGGUUUUGGAUGGAUAUUGGACAACCGAGGGAUUACAUUACAGGGCUGAGACUCUACCUAGACUCAUUGAGAAAGAAUUCUCCAUCAAAGUUGGCCAAUGGCCCCCACAUUGUGGGAAAUGUUAUAGUGGAUGAGACUGCCAAAAUUGGCGAGGGAUGUCUGAUUGGGCCUGAUGUUGCCAUUGGCCCCGGUUGUGUUGUUGAGUCAGGAGUUAGGCUCUCUCGCUGCACGGUAAUGCGGGGAGUCCGCAUCAAGAAGCAUGCUUGCAUUUCCAGCAGCAUCAUUGGCUGGCACUCCACUGUUGGGCAAUGGGCCCGUGUGGAGAACAUGACCAUUCUUGGUGAAGAUGUACAUGUGUGUGAUGAAAUUUACAGUAAUGGUGGUGUGGUUUUGCCCCACAAAGAGAUCAAAGCAAGCAUUUUGAAGCCAGAGAUAGUACUGUGAGCGGGGAGCGUUUGUGAAAUUAGUGUAUUGUGUUUAGGAAGUAGUAAAGUUAUUGCAUCUGAUUCUCUGAAACAUGUUUGUUCUAUUUUUCCCCUUUUCUCUUCUUUGUAAAAGUCAGUUUCUUCAAAUCUGAGUGAUGCGAGUUAAAUUAUUGAAGGGUCAGCGUUUUUUUUAUUUAUUGUAGGGCAUAAAAUGCACAUUGGUGUGACUUGUAUCUUAAAAGUGUAUAUAUAGAAAUAAAUUAUUUGUUGGUUUCUCCA